AUGGAUGCAUUCAGACUAUUAACGAGGUCGACGAAAUUCAGCAGGCCGACCGCUGCGUCGAAUGCAGAGUCGAAUUCUCGACUGCCGUCAACUGGGAAAGCAGCAAACCCGCAACUCUUCCGUACCGCGGAAGGUGAAAAGCUUGAAUCCGCGCAGAAUGGAAACAAGAGAAAGCGUGCAACUGGUGCUGCCGAUGAUGAAGAAAUAGAAAAUGACGCUGCUGAUUUGGACUUCUUCCAUUCCAACAAGCGCGCGGCGGCGCCUUCGGCUGGAGCUGCAACCCAAGCUAAGCACGACCAGGGCCAGCAAGCUGAUCAAGACCAGUCUGAUGAAGAGGAUGGCAUGGAUGAAGUGCAGCGCCGCACUAUUUUGAACUCGCACAAGAUCAAGAUUACCGAUCUUCGUGACCUGAAUGAUAUUCAGCCCCAAGCUACCCCAGCCAAGAGCUCUAAGGACUCGAAAAAGAAAAAGAAGUCCAAGAAGGAAGAAGCGCCGGUUCUUAGCAAGAAGGAGCAGAAGCGCGCGCGACGAAUGUAUCCCCAACCGCUUGUUUCAUUCAAGGAGUUGCGUUCUAGAUACAAGAUCUCGUCACGACUCGCUGAGAAUGUCGCUGAACAAGGAUUUACUGUGCCCACUGAGGUGCAAUUGGGCAGUCUUCCUAUUUUACUCGGCGAUUCCUCCGUUUCUACUGGCGAUCAAAAGUCGGAGCCUGAUUUACUAGUCGUUGCGCCUACUGGUAGCGGUAAGACUCUGUCUUUCUUAAUCCCGGUGAUUAACAAGAUUGUCCGACACCACCACUCCUCGGAGUCAGAAGAGCAUGGUAUUUUGUCAAUCGUUGUGGCUCCCACCAAAGAACUUGCAAGCCAGAUUGUCAAUGAGGGACGGAAGCUCGUGGCAGGAACUGGUGUCAAGAUCACAUUGAUGAGAAAGGGCAUGCGAGUCGUCGAGCGGGAAGACGAAGGCGAGGAAAAUGUCCUUAACGAGGAUAGUGAGGGGUCUGCUGAAUCAGAGGCCGAGGAUGAAGACGAAAGCAAACCAAAGAAAGCUCGCAACAAUGCCCCUGUCACCAAAAGUGACAUCUUGGUCACCACGCCUCUGAUGUUGGUGAAUUCCUUAUCCGCGAAUCAAACAAAACCCAUGGCCCGCCUACCCUUAGUGCGAAGCCUAGUACUGGAUGAAGCGGAUGUACUAUUAGACCCGUUAUUCAGAGAACAGACACUGGACAUCUGGCGCUCUUGCGUCCAUCAAAAUCUCCGUGUCAGCUUAUGGUCUGCCACCAUGGGCUCCAACGUCGAAGACCUCACCCAGUCCACAAUCAAAGAACGUCUCGACAGCAUUUCCUACUCUCCAGAGCAACCACACCCCCUUCUGCGCCUUGUCGUUGGUCUCAAAGACUCGGCAAUCCCCAAUAUAGAGCACAAGCUUAUCUACGCCGCUACGGAGCAAGGUAAACUGCUUGGGCUUCGACAACUCCUCCGCCCUGCCGCAGCCUCAGCCUCUGACGUCCGCCUUCGACCACCUUUCCUCAUUUUCACACAAACUAUUCCCCGAGCAAUUGCUCUGCACUCCGAACUAAAAUACGAUAUCCCAGCUGAAGCCGGUGGUUCUUCCCGCAUUGCCGUCUUGCACUCCGAUCUCUCUGAUAUCCAGCGAUCAGAGAUUAUGCGCGACUUCCGCAAAGGCGAGAUCUGGAUCCUUGUAACGACCGAUCUUCUCGCUCGUGGCGUGGACUUCCGCGGCAUCAACGGUGUCGUUAACUACGAUAUUCCCAACUCUGCCGCUGUAUAUGUUCAUCGCGUUGGACGAACGGGUCGCGCUGGUCGCGAGGGUGGUAUUGCCGUGACAUACUACACAAAGGAAGACAUUCCCUACGUCAAGAGUAUUGCCAAUGUCAUCGAUGUUAGUGAGAAGCUUCGCGGGGGUGAGGGGGAGAAAUCUAUCCAGAAGUGGCUCCUCGAUUCUUUACCGGAUCUCAGCAAGAAGGAUAAGCAGGAGCUCAAGAAGCAUGGUGUCAAGGCUCGCCAGAUCUCCAAGCAUAUUGGUGGCAAGGAGAAAGGCGAUGGUAAAGAAGGAAAGGGUUCGCGCGCGGCUAGAAUUAGCACUAAGAGUGGUUUUGAGCGAAAGUUGGAGAAUCGCAAGAAGGGUGCGAUUGCUGCUAGUCGGAAUAGAAAGGCUGUAGCUACGACCGAUGGGAAUGAGAGUGCGGGAUCUUGGAAUGGGUUGGAUGAUUGA